AAGAAAUCAAUUGCAUUUGUGGCCAGAAGUUGCUGCCUCCUGCUCUUUCUACUUGUAUUAACAAGCUCCACCUCGGGAAAUCCCUUAUCCAGGAGCGACGGAUCGGAGUCUAAGAAGGUAAGCUCUUCCUUUGCUUUUGAUUAUACUUCUUGUUCCCUCCCCUCUCCUUUUCUUUUAUUUAGGAACCUUCUGAAUUUGGAUAUGGUCUCUUAAUAAUAAUGAUAAUAAUAAUAUAAUAAUACAUGACCAUUAAAUUAAUAUACGCGGGGUUUUGCUGCAUUUAAAAAAAAAAGACCAUUGAAAGAUGUAUUCUCAAAUAAAAGCAAAAAGAACUGUGUUACAAGUUAAACUGGCUGUUCGUGAUCCUCAUACACCUGAACUACUGUACUGACAUUUUAAUUCUUGCUUGUCUAACGCAGGUCGUGGAUUUUAAUAUUCGCGUUACUGAAUCGGGAGAAAAGUACAACGAAACGAUUGAAGUGGACACACAGAAGCAAACAGAGGUGCCUAAGGUUCCUUCUCACCCCGGCGUGGAUCAGAGUGAUGUCAUGCAUGACUUUAAACAGGUAAUUAUGAGCUUCACAACAUUGUUGGAUUUUACAUGUUGCGUCCGUUUGUACACCCUGUUGCACCAAGUUUGAAACCGGUGAAACUUUUAGCGGAGCUCUAGCGUGCGCAGCGGAGAACCAUAAGUAAGAAACUCUGCUUACUUGUGCAUCCAAGAAAUUUUGAUUCUGAAAAAAUCGUCCCUACGUACUAGUAUGCAGGUACGUCCACCCCUUUCAUGUAAGGUGUGGUGAAAUUUCGCAUUUCAAGCACCCCGUGCUUUUCGGCGGUAAAUCGCUUGGCCACCCAGAGUUUUAGAGAGAAAAAACAACAACAACGCCGAGACUUUCUUUCGACUAAAUUUUAAUGACUGUCUACCUGACUAACGUGGAUAACAGAGAAAGAGCUAGAGCGAGCCGAAAUAAAAAACGACGGAGACCAAUUUCGUUGGAAGAAAAGCAUGAAAAUUUUAUAGCGGCAGUGAGAAAAUGAGAAAUGCUAGAGGCCACUACGGUGAAAAUGGGCGGCAGCGAAAAAAAAAAAGGUUAACAGGAACACGUAGUCGUGCAAAAGCUUGUAAAACAACGGCAAGGAAAUGUACAAAAAAGUGUGCAGCAGGUGCAAAGUUGUUUUUUUGGGGGGCUAAUUAGUCCUAUUGUUGUUGAUUUUUUUACCGUUCUCGUUGUCUUCACCGUUUCUUUAGCAUUACACGAUUUCAUAUUUUAUUUGAGUAAACUAUUAAUUAAAGCGAGCAUCGCUAUUAGCCCUGGCUAAAUCUAUAUAUUAGCCACAUGCAAACGGACGCAACAACUGCCAACAAUGUUGGCCCAAAUGAGCCACUUCCACCUUUCCCAUAUACCCACCUUAAUUGCCCCCCCCCCCCUCCCCCCCAAGAUUUUGCAUAACCUUUGUUUUUCACUUCUCCUGGGUAUUACCCUAUGAUCGCUGCGAUCGCUGAUCAUAGCGAUCGUAUGGAAACCACUUUCCAGCGAUCGUAGCGAUCACAACGACAACGAUCGCUGAGAUAGUACUUUUUCUGAUCUCAACGAUCGUUGUCGCUGCGAUCGCUGGAAAGUGGUUUCCAUAUGAUAGCUAUGAUCGCUGCGAUCGCUGAACUUUUUUUCUCAGCGAUCGCAGCGAUCAUAUGGAAACCAGGAUUAAGGUGCAUUUAUGGAAAUGUGGAAGUGGUAAAGUAGAAACGGUAAUGAAAAAUUAGUUAUCUUUGAUCAGUUAUUAUUUUUCAUGUAUUUUUUUUUCAAACGUUUUUCUGAAUCUUACUUGCAGAAAUUAACCAUGAUGAGAAUUCCGGACAAAGGGAUUUGUUAUCUGAUGCCUCUGCCGAAAGAGUUGUCUACCCCAGAUAAACUUAUUGGAGAUCUUGAGAAAGCCUCCCAGGUAAGGAAAUCAUUUUCUUGCAUGUCUACUCUCUGUUCUUUUCACUGUUUUAUUAACUGGAAGAAGGCGUCAGUUGAUGAAUAUGCACAUUACAUACUAAUUCUUAGCUGAAUUAUAUUAUUACAAGAUACGCGACUCAUGCUGUUUUUAACAAAAUAUGAUAUAAAAUAUCAUAGAUGAAAUAAAACACUAGGCAAGAUUGAAGAGGAUUUCUAGAUGUAUCCUACGCGGGCGUACCUUUGAUUUCGGGUUGAAGUAAACGCUCUUCAAAAUUGCAAACGAGUGUCCAGGUCAGCGCGGUCCCAAAGCUGACCGUGUCCCUUGAGAUUGACCUUGUUUAGUUAUCUUUAACCCCCAGUAUCCACACACAAAUACUCCAGAUCUAGUAUUAAAGAAUCAGCUGAGAGAAUUUGUUUCAAGAUCAAAGCAUUUUCCUUUAGGUGAUUAUUUUCUUAAUUCGCAUAAUACAAUCUCUUGAACAUGUAUUAAUAUUAGUGCUUAAGACUUCUGACCUCCACUAUACAUGUAGCCGGAUGUCAAUAGCCCACGUUCGAUAUCAGUUAAAAUUCUAACAUGACUCCGAGGCUUUCUGGUCAUUUUUCUAUACAGUGAAACCUGUAUUAAGCGGACAGUAGCCGAAGUCCCCAAAUUUAUUUCCCUUAUUUACUUUAAACGAAACCUUUAUUAAGCGGACACCUCUAUUAAGCGAACGCGGACACCUAAAAAGUACCUGAAAUGGUCAUUUCUAUUGUUGCCAACCUGUAUUAAACGGACACUUGUAAUUAAAUUCCACCACCCAACAUGCCAGACACCGAAGAUGCGAAAGAUUGCCACCCACAAAUUUUAAUAUUUUUAGUUUAUACAACGUGAUUUGACGAACUUAUUUGAUUAGUUUCACAGUACAGUACUGUUUUCUAUUUCGUUUUGUUUGUAUAGAGCUUGUUUCACUCAUCUGAGUUCUUCAAAUUUGAGUUGCAAUCUAUGUUUAUGGUACUAUCAUCAAUUAGUCCCCUUUAAUAAAGAAAUUAAUGCAAACGUAUAUCGUCAUAGUCUCUGGGAGUAUUCUAAACGUUUCCACUGUUCAUUUGAAUAGCAUUUGACCCCUCAUAUGACGUUAUCUAUUGAAACCUGCAGUUAGGCGGACACUACAGCAUUCCCCGAGGGUGUCCGCUUAAUACAGGUUUCACUGUAUUUGGUUCGGUUUUCUUUGUGCCGAAAUCUCUUCUGGGAAUUGCGAGACAAUGGAGUCGUAAAAAAAUUGCAAUUUUGACCUUAAAUCCUCAGGAUCAUGUUAGAAUUUUAAUAUAUCGAGCGCGGGCUAUUAAACGAUCAUUCAAUCCACCAGGGAGUUAUCAACAAAGGCACGCGUAUUGACAGCACAUGGAUGGUGAAUGGGGAACUCACUGAGCGUUCAUUUCUCAGCGACGACCUACAGCAAUUUUGCACUGACUUUCCAAUAUACCUAUUGAAAAAGUCACAAGACUCUUUAGCAGUCAUCGGCAUCCAAGAAGCGGGUAAGAAGAACCUAAAGCUCUAGUCCUAGGGACACGCAUGCGCGCGCAUGCCGUUGUCGUACCAGUCUUUCGCGCUUCUCACCUCACGGGGAAUUGGUGAUAAUCAAUGCGAACACAGUGAUUUUUUCUUUGGGCCUGUUUACAUGGAGGUGGGGGACCCCAGGUAGGUGAGGCAACCUGCUUAGGAAGGGGAGACCAGCCUGUCCAAACAAUCAUUUUAAUUUGAGCACGUUUACAUGAACGAUGGGGAGACCAUAUGAUAGAUUAUAUAAACAGACAGGUGCCUCGGGCUCCCCCACCUAAGCGGGUUACCUCACCUAUCCGAGAUCCCCCACCUCCAUGUAAACAGGCCCUUAAGGGAACUAUGUCACGGUUGUCUACAGUAGUUUCUUUUUGUUAAUAUUGCCAGUUAAUUAAACUUCCUUAUGCGCUAUGGAACGUUAACGAAGAAAUUUCUUGGAAAUGACAAAAUCACAGCUUCUUUUCCAUCAAAUAUAUAUCCCAGCGCAUUGUAAUAAAUCUUAUAAACAACAAAAACCAUUUUGUUAGGCUAACAAGUUUUCAAAAACCCACAAUUUCACUCCUUUUCAAUCUUCUUCAAGUUUGGCCAUCCAAGUCCACUUCUAUAUUUGCUGUGUUAUUCAUACUUUCUUUUAAUGCUUUGAACUAUUACUUUUAUGUUUCACUCAAUGUGGCGGCAGUUUCUACUGUUAGGAUUUUCAUAAAUUUCGGGACAGUACCAAAAAAGGUUUUUUUCUUUCGCAGAAAUUUCAAACCGACUGCGGAGACAAACAACGCUUUCAAACGGCCACAUACUAUGUGCUCACGGCAUGGACUACAGCACAGCUCGUCAUCAUUGUUUCGGUAGUCCUAAACUAAAGUGCGAAACGAGA